AUGGUGGAGAAAGAAACAACUAAAUUCAUCAAAGCAGUCCGAUCUGACAGAGGAGGCGAGUUCACUUCUGUUGAGUUCAACAAAUACUGCGAGGAACAUGGAAUCAAGCGUUUCUUGACUGCCCCAUAUUCUCCGCAGCAAAACGGUGUAGCGGAACGAAAGAAUCGAACUAUUCUUGAUAUGGUUCGAUCUAUGUUGAAAGGGAAGAACAUGCCAAAGAAGUUUUGGGCAGAGGCGGUGCAACAACAAGACAAGACAUCAGAAUGCCUAAAGCUUAAAGCGCUCUUCACGCCAAGGUGUAGAUUGUUGAACGUAUCUGCCUUAAAGCGCUCUUCACGACAAGGUGUAGAUUGUGCUGACCUUAAAGCGCUCUUCACGCCAAGAUGUAGAUUGUUGAACGUGCCUACCUUAAAGCGCUCUUCACGCCAAGGUGUAGAUUGUGCCGACCUUAAAGCGCUCUUCACGCCAAGGUGUAGAUUGUUGAACGUGUCUACCUUAAAGCGCUCUUCACGCCAAGGUGUAGACUGUGCCGACCUUAAAGCGCUCUUCACGCCAAGGUGUAGAUUGUUGAAUGUGCCUACCUUAAAGCGCUCUUCACGCCAAGGUGUAGAUUGUGCCGACCUUAAAGCGCUCUUCACGCCAAGGUGUAGAUUGUUGAACGUGUCUACCUUAAAGCGCUCUUCACGCCAAGGUGUAGACUGUGCUGACCUUAAAGCGCUCUUCACGCCAAUGUGUAGAUUGUUGAACGUGUCUGCCUUAAAGCGCUCUUCACGCCAAGGUGUAGAUUGUGCCGACCUUAAAGCGCUCUUCACGCCAAGGUGUAGAUUGUUGAACGUGUCUACCUUAAAGCGCUCUUCACGCCAAGGUUUGGGUCAUUCAAAUGUCGACCUUAAAGUGCUCUUCACACCAAGGGAUUGAUCGUCGAAAUGCCGACCUUAAAGUGCUCUUCACACCAAGGUU